CCCUACCACUGCGUAGAAAAAGGCAGAGUGAGAGGAGGGGAAAGAGAGCUUCAAAAAUGAGUAACUCUACAAAACUAGUUGUAUCUUAUGGGAUUUAAUCACACUGCAGGUUACGAAUUUGCUUUACUCAGCGAAGCCAAAGAAACUCAAACUGAAGUUACAUCAGCUGUCCGCCUGCUCUCUGUUAACUAAGCAGCAGAUUGGCUCUGACUGACGUCUCCCGGUGUCAGUCUUCUGUGGUCAAAACUGUCCAAACUAAAUCAGCAUCGGAUUGUUCGGGACAUUCCCUGGAUAUUGAACAAAAAAAUUGUGCUGUUGCCGUGGUGACACUCCAGAGGGACCUUGAUUGACAGGUUUCCCUCCAGAGGAACUGUGAGGGCCCGCCACCAGAAGGAACAUGUACUAGAAGUUGGAACAUCUUUUCUGAACGACUGGUCAGCUUUGACUCUAGAAGAUGAGCAAUGAAGAUGAGUUCUACGACGCCGUCACAGGCCUGGAUUCGGACGAGUCGUAUGAAGGGGUGUCGGAGGCCAGUUUCAAAGACGCGCUGGUGUUUGACAGCAGCAGUCAGAAGGACAACGGAUCAGUGCCACAGGAGAACGGCAUCAAGAAACACAGGACGUCAUUACCUGCACCCAUGUUUUCCAGAAACACUAUCAGUGUCUGGAGUAUCCUGAAAAAAUGCAUCGGACUGGAACUGUCCAAGAUCACGAUGCCCAUUGUCUUCAACGAGCCUCUGAGCUUCCUGCAGAGAAUCACAGAAUACAUGGAACACACUUACCUCAUCAACAGAGCCUGCUCACUGUCCGACUCCAUAGAGCGCAUGCAGGCAGUAGCUGCUUUUGCUGUGUCAGCAGUUGCGUCUCAAUGGGAGAGAACUGGAAAACCCUUCAACCCUCUGCUGGGAGAGACUUACGAACUCAUCAGAGAGGAGCAGGGCUUCCGGCUGAUAUCAGAGCAGGUAUCCCAUCAUCCCCCAGUCAGUGCCUUCCAUGCAGAGAGCCUGGCCGGGGACUUCGUCUUCCACGGUUCCAUCUACCCCAAACUCAAGUUCUGGGGCAAGAGCGUUGAGGCUGAGCCUAAAGGCGCCAUCACACUAGAGCUACUCAAGCACAAUGAGGCGUACACAUGGACUAACCCUUACUGCUGCGUACACAACAUCAUCCUAGGCAAACUAUGGAUAGAGCAGUAUGGCACAGUGGAGAUUAUCAACCACAGAACUGGAGACAAGUGUGUGUUGAAUUUCAAGCCAUGUGGGAUGUUUGGCAAAGAGCUGCACAAAGUGGAGGGAUACAUCCAGGACAAGAGUAAAAAGAAGGUGUGUGUCAUCUAUGGGAAGUGGACCGAGUGCAUGUGGAGCGUCGACCCUCAGGCUUACGAGACCCACAAGAAGUCGGAGAAGAAAGGAGACAACAAGAAGCACAAAAAUGAGGAGCCGGAGAGAGCGGAGAACGAUGAUGCAGAUGACAUGCCCGAAGUCCAGGAGACGGUGUGUGUGGUACCAGGAAGCACUCUGCUGUGGAGGAUAGACUCCAGACCAGCACACUCUUCUUCGAUGUACAACUUCACCAACUUUGCAAUGUCUCUCAACGAACUGGAGCCUGGCAUGGAGGCCAUCCUGGCCCCCACAGACUGUCGCUUCAGGCCUGACAUCAGAGCCAUGGAGAAUGGCAACAUGGAUGAGGCCAGUAAGGAGAAGGAGAGACUGGAGGAGAAACAGAGAGCUGCCAGAAAGGAGAGAGCCAAGAAUGAAGAGGAGUGGUCUACUAGGUGGUUCCAGUCGGGCACCAACCCACACACCGGCUUGCAGGACUGGAUCUACAGUGGUGGCUACUUCAGUAGGAACUACCAAGACCUCCCUGACAUCUACUGAUAGCCUUCAUCCUCCUCCCCCCUCCUCUUCCUCCUCUGUAACCUGCAAUGAUCUGCCUGUCACGAAUUUGGAGAGAAAUGUUAAGAAUCCACAUACCAACCUUUACUACCAUCUUCAUCUCACUGCCUUCAUCAUCAUCAUCAUCAUCAUCAUCAUCAUCUUCCCUCUGUUCGAACAGACCGACACACCCACCCUCACCCACACCCACCCUCACCCACACCCACCAACCCCCACAACCCACCCUCACACACCCACCCACACACACACACACCCACCCACCCUCACACACCCACCCACACCCAGCACAGAUUGGAAAGACUAACAAAGAAGCCAAAUGCCGUCACUUCUCUCAAACUGCGGCCUGCUUGAUGUCCACUAAGUCUUCAGGUGUUUUUAUUUUGCAUCAUCUUCACACCGAUGUCUUGUUCUCAUCAUCUUGUAUGAUUUCUGACCAGCAAACGUUUCCCAUCUCUCUGCCCCGACGACGUUUAGAGCACAAUAACCAUUUUCUUCCUGACCAAUCCCAGUGGCAGAGAGUUGGUGCGUGUGAAUCAGAAAACAGCCCACAGACUCCCAGGUCCAAUCUGAAUGUUUUAAGUCUUUACAAUCAUAGUCGCUCCUCUGAGAAAACGGAGACCAAGCUUCUGGACAGCGACGUUUAAAACAGUCACAUAUGUCAUUAAUGAGUAAACGCAACAUGAAGUACGACAGAAUAAUCACAGUGAUGGAUUUAUGGACAAGGAUGGACACCCAGUCAACGGGGAAAUCAGGGAUGUGAAUGCUCCUUUGACUGCAGAUGGAUUUUGAGGAUGCUUUUUCUUUUUUUUUUUGGAAAUUUUUAAAGACUCAGACACUUGCAAAACAAACUUAGAUGACAUCACACUCUUUAAGGACAAGAAGUUAUACAGAACACGCAGAAUACAGUUGCUUCAAUUGGUCAAGUCAAAUGCAAGCAUGAGCUUAUUACUGUCCAUGUGUUAUAUCCCUAAAACAUCUAGAAACCACUGUUACUCUCCCGUUAACCUUCUGCUUAAUGUUUAUGCAUCGAAAUAAAUCAAGGCACCUAACAGACAGCGGAUGUUUCCUCGACAGCGUAGCAGAAUGUGCAGCUCGAAUGAGACCAGACCUGGGAUCAGAAAGGAAACCACAUCAGAUCUCAUGUUCUCCUGCAUUAAAACAGAUGAAUAGAGCACAGGUUGGGUGGCACGUCCGAGCUGUCUGCCCCCUCGAGGAUCUAACUCUUUUGUCUGAAUGUCUUCAAGAACAUCUGUUGGUUUUUAAUACCAGGAGUAAUGUAGAGUGUGUUUAACAACACAGUACUCCUACCAUGAAUACGCUCUGUGUGGGAUUGUAAAAGAAAAAGCAGACUUUUAAGAAACACUGAGCUGAAUGUGUCCGGCUGCCGUGUCAUAGUUUCUCAGUCUUUUCUCAGCUGCUGAGGUUCACUAAUAUGAACAAUAUGAAACAAGCUUCACACAAGUGCAGAAAGUCAGAUUUUUUUCAUGAUCUGGUUUCAUAUUUCUUUUACACUGCUGAGGAAAUCUCUGAGCUUGACGGCACUCCUCUGUUUUCCCUCACUGGUCAAGGUUUGGCAGCAUGUGGAGGUUCAGUCUCCUGCUCAGGAACACUUGAAUGGGAUGUGUGAGCUCUAACUUGAGUGAGAUAUAAGUAGUUGUGAUCUGUAGUUACUUCACCAUCCUGACAGAAAAAUCAGAAAUCAGUUUUUCCCUGUGUAAGAACAAAGUAAUGUGUGAUGGCCGAUGCCUGCAUGUGCAUGUAAAUCUGAACCUAGAGGACUAAAGUCCAAGUUAAAACUCAUUAUACAAUGAGUUUGACCUUUGAAAUCGAUAUUUAAACUGCCGGAUUAGAUAUAACAUCCAUCUGUGUUCAACUGAAUAACAGUGAGGAAAUUAAAAAAUAAGAAGAAAUGUAAGUAACAGUAACGACACAUGCACACAUGGUGUGAAUGAGGAAAAACGUGCAGACACUUGAAGCCAUAUUAACUACAGGAGAGAGUGGAUUUGAUGUGUGAAUGACGGGAACUGAACUAUGGGAACAUGAGGAGUUACAUUAUUAUUAACCUCACUAUCAUAGCAUGAUUUUAAAAAUGAAACAUUAAACAUGUCAGUGUAAUGGAAUGUAACAUACAGCGUUAGAUAGUCUGGUGUCCAGUUUUGUUAUUGGAUGAUUGGAUGUUGGACCCCGGAUGGAUUACUGAACAGGCCCAUGUGCCCAAGACGUCAGGGGGGGCCUGAACACAAAACAAAAAAAAGAACGGCUCACAGGCUGACGGGACGAGACACAGCUGGGCAGCUUGGAUAUAUAGUAUUUCAGAAUUUAAUGUACAAGAAGCCCGUAACUCACAGAACCAUCCUGUGUGUUGCAUCUUUAUUCUUUUUGAUUCAUGAAAGCCUUUAAACUCAACACCAGAAAUGAGCUACGACAUCGUAACCCCAUGUCGCUCCCAGCAAAUAUUUGGACUUUAGCAGCUCUGUGGCUUUAUCUUAAUGUUGAUAAUACAUGAUAUUUUAGAUAGUUGACUGUCAGUAUUUUUUUCCUUUCAUUCCAGCUGAGCACUGACUCAAAUUUCCAUUCAGAUUUUGGGGUGGAAAUCCAGCUGAAGAUGUAAGAUGAAUUAUGAUUGGCUGAGCACCAAGCCACAUGUAAUCACCUUUGGUAAAAGAGUACACAGGAAUGGAUUGGACAUAUUUGACUUUCAUUUUUAUCAAAUAUUGAUGUUGGUUUAUUUUGUUUGCUGAAAUCAUAUUAAUAGUGAGACAUUUCUAUUAGAGCCACAGGCUCUUCAGCUUCAGAUAAAGUUACAGAUCUCUUUCAUUUGUUCCUUUGCUCUUGUUAAAACUGAAAGAGUUACAUUUGAAUUCAUGUAAAAUCGUGUUGUGUUAGUUUCUCCUUCUGAACAGGUUCUUCACGUUACCUGCAGACCUAUUCGCACAGUUGAAAGUGGAAUAUUUUAACAGCAAACACAAGUAGUUUUAGCUCUUUUUAUUAUAAUAAUUAGGGCUAAUAAUAAUUAUAAUAAUAAUGGUGGUAAUUAUCAUCUAGGUUGCGCAUUUAAAUAAAAUAAUGGUUAGAAAAUGUGUCACAAAUCUAAUAAGGGGAAUUUGUCCUGCAUCAGCUGACCAACUAAGAUACCCAAUGAGAUGUUACUCACUAUUUUCAUGCACUUCGCUCCCUUCACUUUAAAUACCUGAUGUUGAUGCUCUAUGCAACUUCUGCAGCUCAUCAUGAACAGUAUGUCUGAUCUGUUUUUGUACUGAAGCUUUACAUUCCCCAACACACACACACACACACACACCCUCAGCCUCUGUGCUACUCAGCUUGAAUAAUAACGACUUUGCCUUCAUAGUUAAUCUUAAUAUAUUAUAUUCCUGAUAGUUAAAAAUUAUUGCAACUUGUUGAAGUACUUGGCACUACAGCCAGCCUCGUAUCACAUCUUGGAUCAGUUUAACUUUACAUUUCCAUGUCACGUCCAUGUUUCAUGUCACGCUUAGUGCCUGGAUAUUUUUUUCCUUUUUUCAUUCCCGUAUUCUUUUUUUCUCUCUUUUUUUUAUUCAUGUGUAUUAUUUAUGAUGUGUGAUGUUUUAUGAAAGAAUUCUGUUGUCAAACUUUUUUUUUUCUUCCUUUGCUUAUGUUGCUAAUCCAAAACGGCUCUGGAUUUUUCUUUUACAUUUAAACGUGAAUCUGUACCGUUUCACACGGGAGCGGAGUGUCUAGUCAGGGUUUGAAAUGAACGUCACUCACCAGCUUAACACAUGUACACUGAACUGUUCCAUCUGUCAGAUUUACUAGCCAGUGCAGUUUGAGGGUAGACAGGCUGCAUUUGAAUUACUCUUUCCUGUUGGCUUUUUAAAUUCACAGUUCAAAUCCAGCAUCCAGUUAUUUUUAUGCCCAGGUAUUUUUUUUUUUUUUCUGUGUGUCGUUUAAAUAAAGUCAUUACAAAUCUAUGAUACAAACACUACUCAAGUUGCACUGUUGCAGAUAGGUGAAAUUAAUCUAAACAGGAACAAGAGUCGUUUAAAAAAAAUAAUAGUUUGACUGUAAAGUAAUUGCAGCUGGUAAAAUGGUCCAGGUGGCUCGUAAACAUAUGGAACAGUUACACUCAUCAGUGCCGAUGGAUUUUUCUGAUGAAGACUAAAACUCUGUCAUUUAACUAGAUCUAGGUUUUAUGUUGCUUUGAGUGUUGUUUCUUUCUAUGAUGAUGUCUUCUGUUGAAUUUCACCCCCCCCCUUCUCUUGGACUGUAUGAUGUGGUUGUCGAUGUUAUAUAUGUGUACAAGUGUUGCACAGAGCUAAUCACAAGCAAAAUGGCAUAUUAUUUUGUGCAAUUGAUUUAUUUUUAUAGUAUUUAAGCAGUUUUUGGUGAGAACAUUGUGCAAGAUGUUUUAUUUUGAGGUGGGGGACUGUAAGGGGUCGUAUCCAUACUGUGGACAGCUUGGUAGAUUAAUGAAUGGGGGAAAUGUCUACUAAUAAAAUCCUAAUUUCA